AUGCGUUUCGUCGUUGGGAUUCUGGCGACGACGCUUGUCGCCGCCGUCAUCGCACAAUGCCCGACCCUGUCGGGACCUUGUCGAUGCGCGCCGUCCGUUUACGAGCCGGUUGCCAUCAUUUGCCAGAAUGCUGGAAGUCUUGCGAACGCUCUUCAAGCGAUUCAGGCUGCUCGAGAUGUUCCGAUCGAUUCCCUAACGAUUAUCGACACCGCGAUUCCGAACCUACCCGCCAACGCAUUCCAGGGUUUCACCAUCUUGCGACUCGUUCUUAAUCGCAACACAUUACAAAACAUCGAUGAUCAGGCUUUCAAUGGUCCGCUUCUCGACUCGCUCGUCGAGCUCGAUCUCAAUGACAACAAUUUGGGACAAAUUCCGCAAAUGGGCAUUCCAAGACUUCGCAAUUUGCGCAAAUUGUACUUGAAUCGCAAUCGUAUCAAUCAACUUUCGUCGACGGCGUUCAACGCCUUUGAAUCCAAGGAUCUUCUGCUGAAAUUGGAAUUGGCGGGAAAUCGUCUGACUGAUGCCACUCUUGGAGACGCAACAGUCUUCAGACCAUUAACUUUGCUUCAGGAGCUCUCUCUUGAGACCAACUCUCUCACUUCCAUUCCGUCAUCCGCCUUGGUCAACCAGCGAAACACUUUGACCAACCUCAAUUUAGGACUGAACAGCAUCAACGAGGUGCCGGUUGGCGCGCUCGAUUUUCCCGUGCUCUCGUCGCUGUCGCUCGAAUUCAACGGCAUCACCGUGAUUCCACCGCAAGCGUUCCAAGGCGUGCCGAAUCUUGAGUUCCUCUACAUGACCGGCAACAAAUUCCCGUCAUGGGCGCCGGAAAUGUUCCGCUACAUCACCCAAUUGAAGACGUUGGGCAUCGGCGAGACGCCGAUCUCCGUGAUACCGAACAAUGCGUUCAUGCACAUCCCGAAUCUCAUCCGAUUGGAGAUGUCCGAGGCGGCGGUUGACACGAUCGAGCGCGGCGCGUUCCAGCGAACCCCUCAAAUUCAGGCGAUCGUGCUGAACAAGAAUCGACUUUCACAAGUUCGCGCUGAUUUCUUCGAGGGACUCAACGAUUUAUAUUCCAUCGAUCUUCAGGGAAACCGAAUCGAUAAUGUUCAGAAUCUCGGAUUCGCCAAUCUCCCUUCGCUCACCCAUUUGGACAUCAGCUACAAUCUGCUGCAAACAAUGCCGAGCGACGUGUUCCUGAACACGUUCGCGCCGAAACCCAACGAUCGUCGCGUGAUCUACGCGUGCGGCAAUCCGUGGUAUUGCAACAACGAGCUUGAAUGGUUCCGAACGCUGCUCCGCGACAAUUUGGACAUCGAUAUUGAGAAGCCCGGUUGUCUGGCGGUGUGCGCUUCGUCGCCGAAUGGAUGUCCCGUCGAAGGAACUCCAUUGAGAUCAAUCGACUUUUGCCAGAACAACGAAGAAGCGCAGCCAUUGAUUGGUCGCGCUUUGUCGAUGGUCGGAUGGAUCAUUUUGGCAAUCAUCAUGACGAUCUUGCUGAUCUCGAUUUGCCUUCUGGCGAUGGUCCGAUACGGAAUGAGUCAUCAGAGGAAGAAGCAGAAGAACACCGAGAUGGCCGCUGAGGAAUACCAUGUGCAGACAUCAGCCGCCUCUGUGUACAACGCGCCGAUUUCGGCCAUCGACCGCCCGUAUUCUACAGUACCGCCGGUGAAUUUGGACCUCCCUGCCGCCUAUACACUCGACGACAGGCCUAAUAACUAUCUCUACUAG